CUCUGAAAAAUUGCUACCAAACUGUCUUCCUUCUUCAUCUUCUUCGGCUAUGGAGUUUCGGUUGAACAAUAUCGCGGAUCUUCCAGAAGACUGCGUUGCUAGAAUUCUCUCACUAACUUCUCCGGUGGACGCCUGCAGAGUGUUGGCAGUAUCGAAAGGAUUCAGGUCUCCGGCGGAAUCCGACGCGGUGUGGCGCAGCUUCUUACCCGAAGACUAUCACCAAAUUGUCGCGUCAAAUUCUCUCAAAUUUUCAUCGCGAAAGGAGCUCUUCUUUCUCCUUUCCAACUCCAUACUCAUCAAUGGCGGUCGUACGGUCUUCGGAUUACACAGAUCCAGCGGUCGAAAGUUCUUCGUCCUCUCCGCGAGGAGUCUGUCGAAUUUCCACAACGUCGAGUGGACAUGGAAAUCGAAUCCUGACUCAAGGUUUUCAGAAGUGGCUGAGCUCAUAUCAACAGACAGGUUAGAAAUCCAUGGCAGGAUUAGUUCAAAAUCUCUGUCUCCAAAUACCAAUUACGCCGCGUACCUUAUUUUCAAACUCUCCGAGAAUCCAUUCGGCCUCGAUUCCAUACCGUGCGAAACUCAGAUCACAUCCAGCAGCAGCAACCGCCACCGCAUGCUCGCCGCCAACACGGCUCGCCUGCGCGAUCCGACCGGGAAGAACAUGCUUCCGCAGCGCGUGUUUUACCAAAACAGGAUGGAUAUGAUGAAGCGCUUGGUGAACGACGGCCGUGAAAUGGAGCCGCAAUGUCGCGGCGGUGGAUGGUUGCAAUUAGAGCUCGGCGAGUUCGCCGUCGCUGCGAAUAAUCACGGCGGCGGCGCCGAAGAAAUUAUAGAAAUAGACAUUAUGGAGGUUAAGGGGCAUCAGCUGAAAGGAGGGCUGAUUGUGGAAGGGAUUGAGGUGAGGCCUAAGAGCUAAUUGACUAUAUUUUUAGGUUAGUGUACUUUUGUGCGAUUUGACACAAAUUUUUACAUUUUUUUUAAAUAUUAAAUAAAUAAUUAUUAUUUUUUAAUAUUAUAUUAUAAAUAUAUUUUAAAUUCAAAAUUCAAAAUCCCAUACCGCUCGAACAAACACACCCAUUUGUGUGGUAAACAACCAAGCUCCAAUCAAUUAAACUAAAUUAAAAUAGGUAACAUUUUUAUUUAUUUAUUUCUUAUUUUUAUAUCCCUAUGACUUGUGUAAUUCGUUUGAUGUGUUCAAGAGCAAUUUCAUCCUACAUGA